AUGGUAGAUCCGGUGGGCUUCGCCGAGGCGUGGCGCGCCCAGUUCAACGACGCGGAGCCGCCCGCGAUGGCGCUGCGCUCGGUGGGCGACAUCGAGGCGGAGCUGGAGCGCUGCAAGGCGUCGAUCCGCCGCCUGGAGCUGGAGGUAAACAAGGAGCGCUUCCGCAUGAUCUACCUGCAGACGCUGCUGGCCAAGGAGCGCAAGAGCUACGACCGGCAGCGCUGGGGCUUCCAGCGCGGCCCCGAGGCCGACGACGACAGGCCCGCCCGCCCGCGCCCGCCCGCCCUGCGCAAGCUCUCCGCGCACAGCGACGGCAGCUCGGAGGCGGACGCCGCGCAGCCCGACCAGGAGGAGCGCGCCAAACCCGCUGCCUCGGACGAGAAGCCCCGGGAGGAGGGCGCUGCGGCGGGCUCCCCGGGCAGGGCGCGGCCGGUCCCCAGCUGCAAUCGCCGCCGCCUGCCCCCCGCUGCCGCCUCAGUGGAGCGGGACGUCUUGGAGUCGGGCGCCAGGGAGCGCGGCCAGGGGGGCGGCGGCGUGGGGCUGCUGCGCUCCGGCCUGGAGCGCGGGAGGAAGGCGCCUUCGUCGUCGCCGCCGCCCUCGAGGCCGCCGGACGGCCGGGAGGCGGGCGAGAAGCCCUUCUACGUGAACCUGGAGUACCACCGCGAGCGCGGCCUGGUGCGCGUCAACGACCGCGACGUCUCGGAGCGCAUCAGCGCGCUGGGCAGCCAGGCCAUGCAGCUGGAGGCGCGCAAGAAGCUGCCGGGGCCGCCGCGGGGCCGCUCGGCCGACGCCGCCUAUGACGACGGGGGCGAGUACGAGGACGCGGAGCUCAACGCGCGCUUUCUGAAGGACAACCUGCUGCUGGACGGCGCCGGCCGGCCCGCCUGGACGUCCGCCUCCCCCGCCGCCUUCCAGCCCUACCAGAGCGCCUUCGGGGGCGGCCCGGCGGGGACGGCCGAGCAGCCGCUCACCUGGCCGCGCCGCUCCUACUCGCCGCGCGGCUUCGAGGACCUGGGCGGGGGCGGCGGCUACACGCCGGACUGCAGCUCCAACGAGAACCUGACAUCCAGCGAGGAGGACUUCUCGUCCGGCCAGUCGAGCCACGUGUCGCCCAGCCCCACCGCCUGCCGCCUCUCCCGCGAGAAGAGCCGCUCGCCCUCGCAGCAGUCCUUCGACAGCAGCGGCAGCCCCCCGACCCCGCAGGCCCCCAAGCGUCACCGGCACCACGCGCAGGCCGCCGGCCCCGAGCCCAGGAAGAGCGCGCCGCCCUGGCCCUGCGACGGAGAGUCGCCCGCUGCGAGGGCCGCCGCGGACGGCUGUUUCCAUGGCGACUCAGAUCUCUCCUUUGGUGGCCUUGCACCAGGCUACGUCUACGAUGUGGACAGAGCUGAGGAGCAGAGGCACCACCAUGACAUCAUGCCCUUCAUUGAUGACUCCCCCUCCUCUUCACCCCAUCUCAGCUCCAAGAGUCGAGGCAGCCGAGAUGGCUUCUCCUCGGGGUCCCUGGAAUCUUCCAAAUCAAGCGAGCCAGACCUGGAAAAGGGCCUGGAGAUGAGGAAGUGGGUCCUGUCGGGCAUCCUGGCCAGUGAGGAAACCUACUUGGGUCACCUUGAGGCUCUCCUGCUGCCCAUGAAGCCUCUGAAGGCAGCUGCCACCACCUCCCAGCCGGUCCUGACGAGCCAACAGAUCGAGACCAUCUUCUUCAAAGUGCCUGAGCUCUACGAGAUCCACAAGGACUUCUAUGAUGGGCUUUCCCCCCGCGUCCACCAGUGGAGCCACCAGCAGCGGGUUGGCGACCUCUUCCAGAAACUGGCCAGCCAGCUGGGAGUGUAUCGGGCCUUUGUGGAUAAUUAUGAGGUUGCCAUGGAGACGGCCGAGAAGUGUUGCCAAGCCAACGCGCAGUUUGCAGAAAUCUCAGAGAACCUCAAAGCUCGAAGCUCCAAGGAUGCAAGAGACCAGACAACAAAAAACUCCUUGGAAACUCUCCUCUACAAGCCGGUGGAUCGGGUCACACGCAGUACUCUUGUGCUCCAUGAUUUGCUGAAGCACACCCCCUCGAGCCACCCCGACUACCUGCUCCUGCAGGACGCCCUGCGCAUCUCCCAGAACUUCCUGUCCAGCAUCAACGAGGAGAUCACACCCAGGAGGCAAUCUAUGACUGUCCAGAAGGGGGAGCACCGGCAACUCCUGAAGGACAGCUUCAUGGUGGAGCUGGUGGAGGGAUCUCGGAAGCUGCGUCAUGUCUUUCUCUUCACGGAUCUUUUCCUUUGUGCCAAGCUUAAGAAGCAGAUUGGAGGGAAGAGCCAGCAGUAUGACUGUAAGUGGUACAUUCCCCUCUCAGAUCUCAGCUUCCAGAUGGUGGAUGACUCCGAGACGAUGCCGAACAUCUCUGUUGUGCCAGACGAGGAGCUGGAUGCCAUGAAGAUCAAGAUCUCCCAACUCAAGAGCGACAUCCAACGUGAAAAGAAAGCUAACAAGGGAAGCAAGAACUUGGAGAGGUUGAAGAAAAAGCUGUCUGAACAGGAAUCCCUGCUUCUCCUGAUGUCUCCUAAUAUGGCCUUCCGAGUGCACAAUCGCAAUGGCAAAAGCUACACCUUCCUCAUCUCCUCGGACUACGAACGGGCCGAGUGGCGAGAGAUCGUCCGAGAGCAGCAGAAGAAAUGCUUCAAAAGCUUUUCGCUGACAUCGGUGGAACUCCAGAUGCUGACAAAUUCUUGUGUGAAGCUUCAGACGGUGCAUCACAUUCCCCUCACAAUUAACAAAGAAGAUGACGAACCUUCCGGCCUCUAUGGAUUCCUGAAUGUGAUUGUCCAUUCGGCCACUGGCUUCAAGCAGAGCUCCAGCUUGUACUGCACCCUGGAAGUGGAUUCCUUCGGCUACUUUGUGAACAAGGCCAAAACGAGAGUUUACAGAGACACUGCAGAGCCCAACUGGAACGAGGAGUUUGAGAUAGAACUGGAGGGCUCCCAGACUCUGCGCAUCCUGUGCUACGAGAAGUGCUACCACAAGAGCAAGCUCACCAAAGAAGACGGCGAGACCACCGACCGCAUUAUGGGCAAAGGCCAAAUCCAGCUGGAUCCCCAAACCUUGCAAGACAAAGACUGGCAACGCACGGUCAUCUUCAUGAACGGGGUCGAAGUGAAGCUCUCCGUGAAGUUCACAAGCAGAGAGUUCAGUCUAAAGAGGAUGCCAUCUCGAAAACAAACGGGAGUAUUUGGAGUAAAGAUUGGGGUUGUCACCAAGAGAGAGCGAUCCAAGGUGCCUUAUAUUGUGCGCCAGUGUGUGGAGGAGAUUGAACGUCGGGGCAUGGAAGAGGUGGGCAUUUACCGGGUCUCUGGAGUUGCCACAGAUAUCCAGGCUUUGAAAGCAGCUUUUGAUAUUAAUAACAAAGAUGUCUCCAUCAUGAUGAGUGAGAUGGAUGUGAACGCGAUUGCAGGAACACUCAAGCUCUACUUUAGGGAGCUGCCAGAGCCUCUCUUCACAGAUGAACUCUAUCCCAACUUUGCUGAAGGCAUUGUGUUGUCUGACCCGGUUGCAAAAGAAAGCUGUAUGCUGAAUUUGCUGCUUUCGCUUCCGGAGCCCAACCUGGUCACCUUCCUUUUCCUCUUGGAUCAUUUGAAAAGAGUUGCUGAAAAGGAGAACAUCAACAAGAUGUCGCUUCACAACCUGGCCACCGUUUUUGGACCAACAUUACUCAGACCGUCAGAAAAAGACAGCAAAAUUCCUGCCAAUCCAAUGCAACCCAUGGCCAUGACUGACAGCUGGUCACUCGAAGUCAUGUCCCAGGUUCAGGUUCUCCUCUAUUUCCUGCAACUGGAGACAAUUCCCACCCCGGACAGCAAGAGGCAGAGUAUCCUCUUCUCCACUGAGGUGUAGAAGCCAAAAGCUCCAUCCAUCCAUCCACCCGUCCCUUCCUCUGACCUUCCAGCCUUUCCAUCUCCUUGGGAAGGAGAGAAAGCCCUCCCUCUCUCCCCCUCUCUGUUGACCAAGAAGCCACUGGGGGAAGAUUAUUGUCUUCAGGGAAAGAUUCCUUUCACCAGAUCAGGAAAAGAGCAACAGAGGAAAGCAAGCUGCCUUGGGAAGGAAUGGGUCCCCGAAGGAAUUCCUGGGAGGAUUUUUGCAGUGGAAUUCAUCUGACGCUUGGGAAGUUCUGGGUGUCUUUUCUUCUUGGACGCCUUUGAAGAGCAGAAGGAUUUUUCUUUGAUGACCACUGUUGUGGAUUUGAGUGGAGUGCCACAAGGAUGUUCAACCGUCAUGGCCAUUACUUGCAAAUUUAGAACUCAAUUUAAACAUUUCUUUUUAAUAAGUAAAUAAAUUAGGAGCUUCAUGCACAAUCAGGACAUUAAAAAAAAUCUUUUCCUUGCCUUUUAUCCUUUGACUCUCUUUUGGUGGAAAGUUUUACUGAAGGUGCAUCAUCUAAUCAUUUAGAAGAGAAUAAAGGCCAGAAUGUGGAGGAGAAGGAGGUGAUGGCCAGCUCUUAAGGCCUUCUCCUUUUCCACGAAGGAUGGGAGGUGUGUGGAGAAGGUGCUGAGGUCUUCAGGCGUUGUAAAGACUGGAGAAGAUAAUCUGCAAAAUUGCCCCUUUCAUAAAGGCCUCGUGCCCAGUUUUAACCCAACUGCAGCAGCAUAAGGACAUAAGCCGAUGGUGGGUUUCUCUGCAGUUGGGCCAAAGCCGUCCUCCCCCCUCCCAGCUGCUAAACAGUCCUUGGAUCCGCUGGCGGGAAUUGGGAGGGCAGGAUUGGGCCUCUCUGCUCUUUCUUGGUUGGGACUUUGGAAAGACUUUGCUUAUGGAAAAUAUUUUUUUCACUGCCAUCCUGUUUUUGCUGGGAAAGAGAAAUGUUUUGAUAAGAUGUUUUAAUGACUUGUACAAUGGUGAUUGAGGGACCAUUUUAUAUUUUUCAGAAAUUCCAACAGUUUGUUUUAAGAUUGACAGGCAUCAUUCAUGGAUUGUAAUGCUGGAAAAGAGUCAACCCUGGCAGUCAGAAAUAGGGAUUAAGCCCAGAAUCCUCACACAGGAAAGGAUCUCUUUGUGUUUCAUAUUUGUCAGAAACAAUGUCCGUAUUGGUCCCAUACCAUCAUACAGCAUAAGUUUUGUCUUGUUAAUUCAAAGCCACUUUUUCCUAGAUGUUCAGAAGUGACUUGGAAGGCUAAAAAGUUCAACUCUGGCUAAUGAGCGAGAAACCAGGAAGCUAAACUGAAAUUCUGGUUUUGUUCAGAGAGAUUAUUAAUAGGAAAUGAGGAGCUUUGCCCACAGUUUCCCAUGCUUUGGGUAAGUAAUGGGGACUAUCACUACAGAAGCAUGAGGCUCCGUAGCUGCUUUGAUCCCCAAGUUGUACAAUUCAGCUAUUUUAACACUGGGAAAGAACCCAUCCCGAGAGUGGCCGGAUUGUGGUGUCUGACUAUCUCAGCAUCUCUCAUUCCAGGAAAUAUUUAAAAGGAAUCCCAUAUUGCUUUUCCUUUCAGAAGUUUAGAAGUUAGAACUCUGUUCUGCUGUCCUAGUUUGGAUGGUGAUGUACUUCAGUAUAUGAAGACGAGAUACAUAACCCUUUUUGCUGAGGUGCCCAUAUAUUUGUUCCUCAGUCCUCCUUUUGCCAAAACUGGAUUUUUUCUCCCAACUUUCUACCAUGGAAAGGGGCUUUCAGACAAGCUGAUGGAGGAUCAAGCUGUCUGUAAAUCCAGGGACAAAAAGCAUCGCCUGUCUUUGUGUCAGUUGAAGGAGAAGAUUCAUCAACCAAAGGUCCCUUCUGAAGAGCACCUCAGUGAAGUAAGGGUUCUAAAUAGGGGGAUCAUUUAAGUAAGAUUUUUUUAAAAAAAAAUCAAAGCUAAAUGUGAUGGUAUUUUUAUUACUGUUAUUUGAGGCAACCAAUAUUCAAUAACCCUAUAAUGAAAGUCUAGACUGAAGCUUUCUCAUUCCAUCAGCCAGUCAUAUGUUUAUUCUUCUAAGGUAACUGUUGUAGGUUACUCCCUUAUAAAAAGACAGGAGAAAAGAUUGUGAAGACAGAAAGUGUUAGGGUACAAGGUUUGUUCAUCAGAACUGAACCACCCCCAGUUGUCAUCUUGCAGAGAAAUGGUUCACAUUGGCCCAGGAGUCUCCUACGCCUUGCCUGCAGUAUCCUUCUUUUCUACUCGGCUUGCUCGAGAUUAGGCAUCAAGAUAUUCACUCACAGAAUAAGGGGGAGUCCUCCCCAAGUUCCCUAGAGUGCCAACUAAGUAUUUGGACUACAAUGGAAGGAACUUACACCUUUCCCUCUGUUCUGAAUCCUCAGACAAGUAUUGUAGGCUCUCCAAGUCCUGCUUAUAGGGCCCAGUAGUAUAUUAACAGCCGGCCCAAUGGGGUUGUAAAGAUUGGGAGUGUUAAUAAAGCUUAUUUGAGUCACUAAAAGUCAUAACCGGUUUAAGGAAGGCCACAGUGUUGUUUUGUGAACUUGAGGCAUGUCUUGAAAAUUAAAGUUUUAAGGGCUUUUAUUUA